UCUGCAGUGAAACUGAUGCCCCUCAGACCCCCUCGACACCGUCCCGUCAACAACAACAACAACAACAACACACCCCGCAUCAGCACCACCACCACCAGCACCAUCACCACCACCACCACCAUCACCCUCACCACCACCCGCCCCUCAGCGAGCCUCCAGGGUCACCGCCACAACACGCGAAUGAAGUCAAGUAUGUGUCAGCCAACUGCAUGGUUGUCACACACUACGCUGGAGACACAGCAGCCGUGGUGGAUGAGCACUUCACCCGUGCUCUCUCCACCCCACACUUCGAGAAACCUCACUCACCCGGCAAAGCGUCGUCGCCCAUGUCGUCUAGGAACUUCCCACCAUCGUUCUGGAACAGCAACUACCAGGUGCCUUCGUCGUCGUCACGACCUCCCAGCCUGGCUGGUCACCUCGGAGCGUCACCAGCAGACCUCUACGACCCUUACCAUGGGGGUCUCCACUCCCUCCAGCCCCCUGCCCCAGACCCCUGGGCAGCUUACUCCUUAUCCUCUCAGGCGUACGGUCACCGGAGCGUGGCGCACGACGUGUACCAAGCAGCCAUGUCGUCAGUGCCUUCGUCGUCUCGUCCCUACCACCAGUACUCCUCACUCUCCCUCCAACCUCACCUGGCCAGACUUCCCUCUGUAGGCUCACAAAUGGGGAUGAGUAAACCUGAGAGCUGGGGAGCGAGAUACCAUGAAGCCUUCACUAGUCCAGAGUUCUCACACACCCUCGACACAAACUACUCAACACCUCACUACCCCAACGUACCAGGUUUGGAGAGCGGGGUGCCACAGGAGGGUGCAAAGGACCUCUACUGGUUUUAAGGAUCACCUGAAUGUUAGAAGUGUAAAUUAUUCUGCCGCGUUGUCUGCAUUGGCUGCUUGAACCACGUCAAAAAACGUUAUCCUUGCAUCAGAAUGUUGCAGUACUUGGCAGAGCACGUGAUAGUGUUUGCCUGAAACUGUGUGGAUACAAAAGACAUGUAAAUGACUUCGGUGUUAAGUCACCAAUGUUCCUAUGGAGAUGGCUGAACUUCUUACUCGAGGCUUGACCAUGGUAGUGCAAGACUAUAAAAAGAAAACUUUCAGUGAGCUUAAGCAAUGCAGCUUUAUCAAAAUGGCUAACUCGAGUCUUGUGCCAGCAGUGUAGCCUCGUCAGGAAAUUGUAAUAAGCUCGAGCAGUGUAGCCUCGUCAGGAUGACUGGAGUCUUGUGCCAAGGGGCAAAAAUGAACCUCAUUUUCUUGCCAAGUGAUCAGUAAGGCAAUCACACAAAGGUGCUAUAUGGUGUCAAAUAUGCAACUAUUGCGAUAGUUCUAAUGUAUUUUUGUUCAACUAUGAAUGUACAAACUGGAAUUUUUAUUCAACUGCUAAUGCUUUAAUAUAUUUUAGGUUAAUUGUACAGUUUUGUUCUUAUUUGCGAUAUUAAUAGUUGUACUCUUUAGUUUGGCUGACUAGCUAAGUGCAAGUAUGUCUUCUGCAUAAUCACCACUCCUGCCUGUGUUGUCUCUUCCACCAGUGUUGAUGCCCUGACCUCUGGUCACUCCUAGUGCUUGUGUUAGUCUCUUCCAGUGUUGCUGCUCUUACCUAUGGUCACUCCCACUGUGUUGUCACUCACUAGUGUUGUGACUUCUGUUACUUAAGCCAUCAGUACUAGUAUUUUAUUCAAGGGGAACUGUUAAAUCCGUAAGUGUCAUAUACCUGGGGAAUGGGAAGCAAUCCUGCUUGGUUCGAGGAAAAGGGUAGCUCAGAUUUCUUGGAUCAAGAGCCCUUUAUCGGAAUCAGUGAACUCCGCUGAAGGGUCAUAAUAUAUAUUUUCUGAUUCUACCAAGGAAGCUUUCUUGCCAUCGGUACCUCCUCUGGAGCCUAAAUGAACCCGGUCUUCCCUUCACGGUGCCUUCAUACCGAUGACGGGCUCUUGAUCCAAGAAAACGGAACUUUCCUUCCUUUGGAUCGAGCCUGAUCCAGUCUCCAUAGGCGUUGUAAGACCCCUAUGGGUUUAGCGCUUCUCUGUGAUUAAAACUAACCUGACCUGAGAGUGGCCUUGCACUGAGCGUCGCCAUCUUUGUUUCAUUAACACUAGUGUAACCAACCAAGACAACAGACAUAUCAUUUACUAAUAAGAGAUGGGGAAACAAGCAGCCUAAGUUAGCUACGAGGUACAUAACAUAUGUAUCACCUACUGCAUAUGUACGAUGUAACAUGUAUCACAUGCUACAUAUAUGUAACGUGUCACGUACUGCACACGUACGUGUCACGUACUGCACACGUACCGUGUCACGUACUGCACACGUAACGUGUCACGUACUGCACAAGUAACGUGUCACGUACUGCACACGUAACGUGUCACGUACUGCACACGUAACGUGUCACGUACUGCACACGUAACGUGUCACGUACUGCACACAUAACGUGUCACGUAUUGCAUACGUAACGUGUCACGUAUUGCAUACGUAACGUGUCACGUACUGCACAUGUAUGAUGUAAUAUGUAUCACGUGCUACAUAUAUAACAUCACUUACUGCAUAUGUACCAUAUGUCACAUACUAUGUAUAUGCAUGAUGUAACAUGUACCACAUACUACAUAUGUAUGAUGUAACAUAUCACAUAUUACAUUUGCAUGAUGUAACAUGUACUGCAUAUGUAACAUGUAUCACGUACUACAUAUGUAAUAUGUAUCACGUAAUACGUAAGUAAAUGUAUCACGUAAUACAUAUGCAAAUGUAUCACGUAAUACAUAUGAAAAUGUAUCACGUAAUACAUAUGCAAAUGUAUCACGUAAUACAUAUGCAAAUGUAUCACGUAAUACAUAUGUAACAUGUAUCUGGGAAUUCUCAUUAACUAAUAUUUAUUGACAUUAACACAUUCUUUUAAUUUAUUUAUUACGUUAUGUUAAGAUAGAAUUCCUACGGUAUAUGAAACGUGAAUGCGUGAAAUGUGUCGUUAACCAGGUUCAAGUGUCAUUAACCAGGUUCAACCUGAACAGUGUGAAUAGUUUCCAUGUUAUUGUUUCUCCAUUUGAAGGCUUACUGCUAUUACAUUCAUGGGGAAGAGCUAAAAUUGUAUGGGUUAUACAACACUUGGGGCAACUGGGGGGGGGACACUCAGGGUUUGAUCCGACAGCUCUUCACAGGCAUCAAGGGAACUCUGUCCCUGAAGAGUGUACUAUAUGGGAAGUGUAGUCAGUGAAGUUGGAUGGGUAAGAUUUUGUUCGGAUCUUUAACCCCGGAGGGCUAGCCACCGAGGAAUAACCCAAGAAAGGCAGUGCGUCAUCGAGGGACUUAUUUAUAUGGGGGUCCUCAGUCUUGUCAGCGACCCACACCAGUCGACUAACACCCAGGUACCUACUUGUUUGCUACAAUGGAACAGGUGUACGGGAACACGCCCAAUGUUUUCAUCUUUACCGUGGACACAGCGUGUGUAGAGAGAGCGUUCCUUACCAGGAUAUGGGCCACCUGAGAUUAAUUAGGUUUGAAGCCUGUGACCUACAGGAAGGACCUUAAGACUGUAUGACACCUGUUCAUAGCCAGUCAAGAAUCUUUCAUCCCUAAAAUGGGGAUUAAAGCGAACUCUCAGCCCAUAUACACUUGAGACAUACACUUUGCGAUGUGUAUAUACAGUGUCAGUGAAUGAAGGAAAUUAUUGGUUUAUGACAUUUAUACUGGCCGCUGUUUUCUCCAGCGCUCACUCCCUCUCAAUAUCGUGCCGUUAAAAAAAAAAGCUAAACUCAAGGAAUAUUACGAUGGUACUUAUUAUCAGUGUGUGGUUACGACAAUAUAUCAAAAUUUACCAUGUUAACAGAGAUUCACCUACAUUAAGUAAAACGUAUAAAAUGGACCGUGGUAAUUUAUAUCACAGAAAUGUGGCGUAGUUUCAUGUCAUGUUCUACGGUGGCUAGGAUUGAAAAUCAGUGCGUUUUUCCUACACGAUUUCUUCCAAUGCCGAUGACAUCAUUUUAUGAAUUAUUAUACUCAAAAAGAGCACUGAACCUACAAGGGUCAUACAGCGCCACAAUUUAUGGAUAAAUUACAUUUCGUGUAGAAAAUGACGUUUACAUAACUUAAUCUAGCCUGAACAUUUUAUUUUCAUGGGGAAGAGCUAAACGUUAGUUACACAGCACCUGAAGAACAGGAGGUAAUUAGGUUUGAUCCGGGGAAAGGGAGUAUAGCCCUUCAUCAAUUCAGGGUUUCUUGAACCGUAGACAACAGUUAAAAAUUAGUCUUGUGGUAGGAAAGACGGCGCAGAAACAGCCUAGCAGUGAAAAGAUUUCGUGUAACAUAUUCCUUCAAAUUUGUAAAUUUAAGCUUGCCCUAAUAUGAAUGUGGUAUUGUACUGAGGAGCUCAUGUUAAAAUGUGAAACUGAGUGCAUGUAUCAUGUAUUAUAAGAAUUAUCAAGAGCCAACAGAAUCACAUCAAAACGAACAGUAAGAAUCACAUCAUGAGAGAGCAGGAAGAAAGGUGGGUGUAAGCAGGGAGGUGAGGUGCUGCCUGUAUCAGCAGGGUGGUGAGGUGCUGCCUGUAUCAGCAGGGUGGUGAGGUGCUGCUUGUAUCAGCAGGGUGGUGAGGUGCUGCUUGUAUCAGCAGGGUAGCGAGGUGCUGCUUGUAUCAGCAGGGUAGUGAGUUGCUGCUUGUAUCAGCAAGGUGGUGAGUUGCUGCUUGUAUCAGCAAGGUGGUGAGUUGCUGCUUGUAUCAGCAGGGUGGUGAGUUGCUGCUUGUAUCAGCAAGGUGGUGAGUUGCUGCUUGUAUCAGCAGGGUGGUGAGUUGCUGCUUGUAUCAGCAAGGUGGUGAGGGGUUGCUUGUAUCAGCAGGGUGGCGAGUUGCUGCUUGUAUCAGCAAGGUAGAGAGGUGCUGCUUGUAUCAGCAAGGUGGAGAGGUGCUGCUUGUAUCAGCAGGGUGGUGAGGUGCUGUUUGUAUCAACAGGGAGGUGGUGAGGUGCUGCUUGUAUCAGCAGGGUGGUGAGGUGCUGCUUGUAUCAUCAGGGUGAUGGUGUGCUGCUACUUGUAUCAGCUGGGUGGGGAGGUGCUGCUUGUAUCAGCAGGGUGGAGAGGUGCUGCUUGUAUCAGCAGGGUGAAGAGGGGCUGCUUGUAUCAGCAGGGUGGAGAGGUGCUGCUUGUAUCAGCAGGGUGGAGAGGUUCUGCUUGUAUCAGCAGGGUGGUGAGGUGCUGCUUGUAUCAGCAGGGUGGUGAGGUGCUGCUUGUAUCAUCAGGGUGAUGGUGUGCUGCUACUUGUAUCAGCUGGGUGGGGAGGUGCUGCUUGUAUCAGCAGGGUGGAGAGGUGCUGCUUGUAUCAGCAGGGUGAAGAGGGGCUGCUUGUAUCAGCAGGGUGGAGAGGUGCUGCUUGUAUCAGCAGGGUGGAGAGGUUCUGCUUGUAUCAGCAGGGUGGUGAGGUGCUGCUUGUAUCAGCAGGGUGGUGAGGCACUGCUUGUAUCAGCAGGGUGGUGAGGCACUGCUUGUAUCAGCAGGGUGGUGAGGCACUGCUUGUAUCAAGCAGUGGAGACAGUAACAGCUUGGAAGCUGCAACAUGACAUGUCUUAAUGAAGAAGUGCCAGCACACUGAAGAGUGCCACAAGUGCCGCAAGUACCGCCUAUGGUGGGAAUCCAAGCCAGCCAUCAGGAUAUGGACCUGGCAUGGGCGUCACCCUAAACACUUACAUAUACAUAUCAUGGGGAAGCGCUAAACCUCUAGGGCGUCAUACAGCAUCCGGGGAUUGGGAGAUAAUCAGGUUAAAGAAAAGGUUAGCUCCAUUUCCUGGUAUCAAGAGCCCUUCACCAGCUCCUGGAAGGGGUAAUAUAUAUACGUCACACCAUUAGGAAUCUGUGUGAUAAUUUUCAUGUAAUCAAACAUUUUAUGUUGACUUUGGAAGCAUAAGUUUUUUUUGGUCAGCAAAGUUGGAAAUAAAUCUUGUUUCUUAAAGGACUUUAUAUUACAUGUUUUUAAAACUAUUUUCCUAAUUAUAAGCCGAACUUGCCGAAUAGGCGGAACUCCCUUAAAAUUAAACUUUUUCUAAAAAAUUCUUUAACAGUAUGAUAGCUAUUUUUUCAUUGACAAUGAUAUAAAGAUUUUUAUUUUUGGACUUAAACUUAGAAACCUUAUUUCAACCAGCGUAUUUUUUUUUUAGCUAUCUUCUAUGUAUAGCACAGUUCACUUUAAAUUGAUUUAAUACUGAAAUAAAUGAUACAUAUUUUUUCAUUAUGCUCAGAUCGAUUUUCAUUUUGCUAAUUCGGCACAGUGAACGCUUGCUAAAUAGGCUAAACUUGGCGGUUCGGCUUAAUCGGCACAACAUAUACUAUAUUGCAAAACAAGCCACGUGGGGAUGAAAACCUUUAGAUCAGGAUCUUUCGUACUCUCGUGCUUCAUCAGAGGAAUAACAAAAAAGGCACAAUACCGUGACUGGAACGAUACACAAAUAACCCGCACAUAAAAGAGAGAAAGUGGUCGAUCUCUUUCUGACAGACUUAGGGAGCACAAAAAUAGUGUUAGGCUUGCCAACACUAACAAUGCUCUUUUCUGUCACGUCAGAGAUCAUAGCCAUAGCCAGUGGCACUAAUUGACAAGGACAGUAAUAAGUUUAGUGGAAUAACAGAAAGGAGCAGGAAGGGUAAAGAGAGUGGAGGGUCCUUAAGUAUAUAUUACACAAAUAGUCGCAGUGCUAGGAAUAAGAUGGACGAGUUGAGACUAGUUGCUAGUGCAGGUAACAUAGAUGUAUUUGCCAUUACUGAGACGUGGUUUAACUCAAAAAGUCGGGACAUGCUUGCAGAAUGUCACAUUCAGGGUUUUAAA